AAACUUAUACGUGCACAAACACAGCUUUUGGAAGAAUUAGCAGUUUAGUGUAAAUUAAUAUUUUGAAAGACACAAGCACUGCUGGCAUCAAGAUGUCUGUAGAGCUUGAUGUAUUUGUGGGGAACACAACCAUCAUGGACAAGGAGGUUUAUCAGUUAUGGCUCAAUGGGUACACAGUGAAUGAUGCCGUGAAAGUGCGAAUAGAAGGAGGUGUGAUGGAAGAGUGUGAGGCCAACGCGGAGGUCCUGCUGAGCGACACCAUGGAUCAAUUCAGAACCUUCCAGAUGUGUGAGCGGCUCUUGCACAACCCGGCCAAACUAGCCAAUCAGCUUCUCUUUCAGAUACCGCCAGACCGCCAAGCAAUGCUCAUUGAAAGAUAUUAUGCGUUUGACGAUGCCUUUAUUCGGGAGGUCUUGGGCAAAAAGCUGUCUAAAGGAACCAAGAAAGACCUGGAUGAUGUUAGCGCAAAAACAGGGAUUACACUGAAGAGCUGCAGGCGACAGUUUGAUAACUUUAAGAGAGUUUUCAAAGUUGUGGAGGAGCUGAAGGGUCCCCUGAUGGAAAAUAUACGCCAACACUUCCUGCUCUCCGACCAGCUGGCCAGGGAUUACGCUGCCAUAGUGUUCUUUGCCAAUAAUCGAUUUGAGACAGGAAAGAAGAAACUACAGUAUCUCACUUUCCAGGACUUUGCCUACUGCGCUGGUCAGCUCAUUGAUAACUGGACUGUCGGAGCUGUAGAUAACUUGGUAGAUGACAUGGAUGUGGAUCUCGACAAAGAAUUCCUUCAAGAUUUGAAAGAUCUAAAAAUUUUAAUCACAGAUAAAGAUCUACUAGAUCAACACAAGAGCCUGGUCUGCACCGCUCUCCGAGGAAAAACGAAAGUCUUCAACGAGAUGGAAGCCAAUUUCAAGAAUUUGUCCAGAGGCCUUGUCAAUAUUGCCGCCAAGCUAACCAAUACAAAAGAUGUCCGGGAUUUCUUCAUAGACCUUGUGGAGAAGUUUAUUGAGCCAUGUCGAUCUGACAGAUGGACGGUGGUGGACGUAGCUCUCUUCCUCACCCACUACGCCAACUCAGCACACAUACUGGAUACUUUCAAGCAUCAGACGGUGUGGAACAGGUACAUGGGAGUAAUCAAGAACUGCAUCCUCAGAAUGUAUCAUGAAUGAAUGAAUGAAUGAAUGAAGGAACAGACAACAUUACUUUGCCUUUUUAACUCAUUUCUGUCCUCAUGGCCUUCUCUUUCUGUCUGUUUAUUGCAACUGCUUCGCCUUGACCGUGGGGUCUGGCUGCAUCUCCGUUUAAUUCCCCUGUUUAUCGUUUUCCUUCGUUAAUCCUCCUCCAAAUUUUCUCCCUUGACCAGCUGUCCAUCUUCUCCCCCCCCCUCCUUGUCCUCAGUUCCACCUCUCAUGCCGUAGCCUCCGUCAGUCUUUCAGUUCA